AGAAGAUCCUCAAGUUAAGAGAGAGUCCAAAAUUCUAAAGAGAAACCAUGGGUAGUGAGAAGCUGCCAAUCCAAGACAUGAAGGGAAGAAGGAGAGAUACAUAUAAAUACAACUUCAUUUUGUCCAUAAAACAAGCAAAAGCCAAACACCUCACCUUCGAUCCCUUUUCUCUCUUUUUCUUCCCCAUUUUCCCACCGACAUCUCUCUCCUUUCCUCUUCUUCUAUAAGUUCUAACCCAAAAAAAAGAAAUAAAGAAAACCCUGUCUUUUUUUUUUUUUUGCUUCAAAUUCACACGCAAUUUAUUUUAUUUGUUUACGUUUAUGGGUUAACAGUAAAUCAUUUGAAAUUAUUUAUUAAAAAAAUAUAUUGAAAAUGUACACAUUGAAAGAUAAAGUAGCGGGAAGUCUUUCACGUUUGUUUGCAGAUUCACCGAAUCAUUCUUCUGCUUCUUCUGCAUCUGAUCUUUCUCAGGCCAGAUGGUAUUCCAAAGGCUCAAAAUCAUUGUCUUCAGUUUUUUCUUUCAUUAUCCCUUCAGUAAGCUUAGGUGGGUCUAAAUCGAAUGAUCAUGAUCUCAAGCCAAUUCAGUCACAUCCUGUUAGAUGGAAAAAUAAGACAUUUGAGGUGCAAGAUGAACCCCUGGAUAGAUGUGAAGAAUACACUGCUACUUAUACCAGUGAAGACAUAAAAAAGGUUUGUCAAGAUAAGAAGAGCAAUUGGACAGAUAAUGACAUUAAGCAAACAGUUAGUCCUUGUGGUGAGGAAAAGGACCGUGCCUCUGAAAGGAGCAGCAGUGAUUCCGAUGAAUUUCAAGAAGCAAGAGAGCAACAGAGUCCAGUAAAGUCUUCACCAAAUCUCGCUGAUGAAUCUGUGUUUAUUAACUGCGAUUUGUAUGAAUUCUUGGUGUCUUCCCUUCCCAAUAUUGUUAAAGGGCGUCAAUGGGUGUUGUUGUAUAGUACGUUGAAAGAUGGUAUAUCACUUCGUACUCUUACUCGUAAGAGUGCCGAGCUUCCUGGUCCUUGUUUGCUGAUUACUGGAGAUAGGCAAGGAGCUGUCUUUGGUGCAAUGCUAGAAUGCCCCUUGAAACCUACACCAAAGAGAAAAUAUCAAGGAACAAACCAGACAUUUGUAUUCACAACCAUAUAUGGUGAACCAAGGCUAUUUAGACCAACCGGUGCCAAUCGUUAUUAUUAUAUGUGUUUGAAUGACUUGUUAGCACUUGGUGGUGGUGGUAAUUUUGCUUUGUGCUUGGAUGGAGAUCUAUUAAAUGGAACUAGCGGACCUUGUGAAACAUUUGGAAACUUAUGUUUGGCUCAUAAUGAAGACUUUGAGCUAAAGAAUGUCGAGGUAAUUAUAGCUUCCUUUGACCAAUUUCAGUUUCUGAUUUAUCUAUAUCCCAACAUUGAGUUUAAGACGAAAACACGAGUAAUUAUCUGAUUGGAUGCUGAUUGAAUUUAACAAUGAGUUGGAGUAUCAUUGACAAGGAAUCCCUGUGCAUUUCUCGUCAAUAUCCUGUUUACAUUUUUGGAUCAAUCAUCUUUCCUUUAGAUUUAUCAAGUUGAAAUUUUUGCAGGUUUUCUCCCUUUUUAACCCAUUGUCUGAUGGUAUAUUUGUAUUGCAUGUGCUUCUAACU